GAAUUUUCAGUACAAGUUUAAGUCUUUAUGGGAUUUGGCCUUCUUUAUAUAAUAGUAACCGUAUACAACCACUCUAUUCAUUUCUGUUUCUGCUUUCAGCUACGACACCAUUCUUUGUUUCUCUCAAGAAUUUUUCACAAUAUGGAUCAGCUCCAUUUUUUCUUCUUUCCCAUGAUGGCUCAAGGCCAUAUGAUUCCUACACUAGACAUGGCCAAGCUCUUUGCUUCUCGUGGUGUUAAGGUCACUAUAAUCACUACCCCUCUCAAUGAACCUAUUUUCUGCAAAGCUAUUCAAAGAAACAAGCAUUUGGGUAUCGAAAUUGACAUCCGCUUGAUUAAAUUCCCAGCUGUGGAGAAUGACUUGCCUGAAGAUUGCGAACGCCUUGACCUCGCUUCUGAUGACAAGCUCCCAAACUUCUUCAGAGCUGCAGCUAUGAUGAAAGAAUCACUGGAGCAGCUUAUUGAAGAAUGUCGCCCAAAUUGUCUUGUUUCUGACAUGUUCCUUCCUUGGACUACCCAUUCUGCUGCAAAAUUUAACAUUCCAAGAAUUGUAUUCCACGGCACAAGCUAUUUUGCCCAAUGUGUUGGAGCGAGUAUCAGACUUAAUAAGCCUUUCAAGAAUGUGUCCUCUGAUUCUGAAACUUUCGUUGUACCAAAUUUGCCUCACCAAAUCAAGUUGACCAGAACACAGUUGUCUCCGAACGAGCAAUCUGAUGAAGAGCUAGGUAUGUCCAAGAUGAUAAAAGCGGUCAGGGAAUCGGAUUCAAAGAGCUAUGGAGCAGUCUUCAACAGUUUCAAUGAGCUUGAACCGGAUUAUGUUGAACACUAUACCAAGGUUUUUGGUAUAAAGAGUUGGGCUAUUGGUCCACUUUCGCUGUGCAACAGGGAUAUUGAAGAUAAGGUUGAAAGAGGGAAUAAAUCCUCUAUCGAUAAACAUGAGUGCUUGAAAUGGCUGGAUUCGAAGAAACCCAGUUCUAUUGUCUACGUUUGUUUUGGAAGUGUAAUAUAUUUCACUGCAGCACAGAUGCAAGAACUCGCUAUGGGACUCGAAGCUUCUGGACAAGAUUUCAUUUGGGUUUUUAGAACCAACAAUGAAGAUUGGAUGCCAGAAGGGUUCGAGGAAAGAACAAGAGGAAAAGGAUUAAUCAUAAGAGGAUGGGCACCCCAAGUGCUGAUUCUUGAUCACGAAUCUGUGGGAGCUUUUGUGACUCAUUGUGGAUGGAAUUCGAUUCUCGAAGGAGUAUCAGCAGGGGUGCCAUUUGUUACAUGGCCAGUGUUUGCGGAGCAAUUUUUCAACGAGAAGACGGUGACUGAUGUUAUGAGAACUGGGGCUGGCGUUGGUUCGAUGCAGUGGAGGAGAUCAGGUAGUGAAGGAGUGAAAAGUGAAGCAAUAGCAAAGGCAAUAAAGAGAGUUAUGGUGAGUGAAGAAGCAGAUGGAUUCAGAAGCAGAGCUAAAGCGUACAAGGAGAUGGCAAGACAAGCUAUUGAAGAAGGAGGAUCUUCUUACACCGGAUUGACUACUUUGCUACAAGAUAUAAGUUCAUAUAGUUCCACAGCUCAUUAAGUAGUUAUUGAAAAAACUUUUAUGGUUUCUUUUCAGUGUGUUUGCAUGUUUUCUGUGUGCUAAUUUGAGCGUUACCUUUAGUCACUGUGACAUUAAAGAGAACGUUUCAGCCCAAGAUGAGAUAAAAUCAAUUUAUCAGUUA